GGACUUUUAUUUUGAAGUGACCAUGUAAGCGCAUGAUGCGACACAGGAACAUCCGCAUUACGACUGCUUUCUACUGCUGACAAGUGGCUACGCUAAUGUUUGCUAACUAUUCUAGCUAGGUGGUGUUUUGUGAGUGUGUGUGUGCGUGCGUGUAGCCCAUUGUGAAUCAUGGAACAGUGUGCAUGUGUGGAACGGGAACUGGAGAAAGUGCUCCACCGCUUUGUCAUGUACGGCCACCAGUCUGAGGAGAGGCUGGACGAGCUCCUGCGCAGCGUCUGUGAGAUACGAGGACAGCUGGUUGCUUUUGGAGUACAAGAUGGAGACUUGUCUGUCCUUUCUCAGACAAUGGCUCAGUGUUGUAAGAAUAUCAAAGAGACGGUCCAGAUGCUAGCCUCUCGACAUAAGGACAUUCACGGCAGCGUGUCCAAAGUGGGCAAAGCCAUCGACAGGAACUUUGAUGCAGAGAUUAGUGCUGUGGUUGCAGAGACAGUGUGGGACACCCCAGAGAGACAAAAACACCUAAGUGAAACCAUAGUGGAGCAUUUGUACAGACAAGGCAUGCUCAGUGUAGCCGAAGAUCUUUGUCAGGAAUCUGGUGUAGUUAUAGAUAUGAGCAUGAAGCAGCCUUUUUUGGAGCUCAACAGGAUCCUUGAAGCACUAAGGAUGCAGAACUUGAGGCCGGCACUUGAGUGGGCAGUGACAAACAGGCAGCGUCUUCUGGACCUCAACAGCAGUUUAGAGUUUAAAUUGCAUCGCUUGUACUUUAUCAGCCUGCUGAGUGGUGGUAUUGGCAACCAGAUGGAGGCGCUACAAUAUGCCAGGCACUUCCAGCCCUUUGCCUCUCAACACCAGAGAGAUAUUCAGAUCCUGAUGGGCAGUCUGGUGUACCUGCGUCACGGCAUUGAGAACUCUCCAUACCGUAGUUUGCUGGAAACCAAUCAAUGGGCUGAGAUUUGUAACAUCUUCACCAGAGACGCCUGUGCGUUACUCGGCCUCUCGGUAGAGUCUCCUCUAAGUGUUAGCUUUGCAUCAGGCUGCAUGGCUUUGCCUGUGCUGAUGAACAUCAAGCAGGUGAUCGAGCAGAGACAAUGCAGUGGCGUCUGGACGCACAAAGACGAGCUGCCCAUUGAAAUUGACCUUGGCAAGAAGUGCUGGUACCACUCGGUGUUCGCCUGCCCCAUCCUCAGACAGCAAACCUCAGAGAGCAACCCCCCCAUGAAGCUCAUCUGUGGUCACGUCAUCUCCAGAGAUGCUCUCAACAAACUGACCAACGCUGGGAAGUUGAAGUGCCCGUACUGCCCCAUGGAGCAGAAUCCCUCACACGCCAAACAGAUCUACUUUUGAUAGCGCACACUCGUCCCGUGAGAGAAAGGAUUAAGUUCCCUGGAGCGCCUUGCAUUUCCAGGACCCUUUAUGCUGGCUCUCCUCCUCUUCCUUCUGUCCCAGGCCCAUAAACUUAUUGUAAGCAUUAAGGUUUUUUCUCUUCAGUGCUGAUGGGACAGCCCUGGCCACCCUGUACAAACCAAGGUCCAACUGCGACCUGCAGCGGAAGGAGGAGUGGUAUGAGAAUGUACUCACAAAGAGCCACUGACUAAAAAACACUUGUUGAAACUUGUUUGCAAAUGAAAUUUAAAAUUAUUAUUUAUAGUGUUUGUUCUCUGGGCUUUAUUGACCAUUUGAGUAGGCUUCUUACAAAAGACUGCUUCUGUUUUCUUUUUUUUCUUUUUUUUGGCAAAGCAGUUGGCAAUGAAUGACUGCCGACGGGUGAGUUGAACUGGCAACAAUUGGGUUUACACAACUGUCCUAAGAAGCCAUUUUAGAAGGACUGCGCAAUAGAACUAUUAUUUAGUGGCGCCUGUGAGAUCCGCUCAUCAAUGAAUAAUUAAACCGCUUUUUUUAAAAUAGUAUCUCGUUGUGACAAACUGCACCAGCAAGAUUCUCAUCGUCAUAGAAUCCAUUUGUCUUGUUCCACACUUGUAUUUAACGAACACAACAAAAAGGAAACGUACGCUACUGUGAAAUGUGCUCUCUUUCUGUUUGUCAUCGUGACAGCCCAACAGGCUGACGUAAAAUAGUCAAGUGUAAUCAAAACUAGCGCAACCUAGUCCAACCGCUCGCCAUAACAGGGCCUCACUCUCCCGCCAUCCUAAUGCUUUCACGCCAUGUGACUUGGAGAUGCGUAGCGGUGUGUUGGUCGCCGUGUGGUACAUGUUGCAGUGACUGUGGGCUUUGUUCUUCAGCUUUACUUGUCGUAGGCGGGGAGUCCGCUGAUUAUUGUGGCUGGUGUUUAAUAUAUGCUUCUCCAAUGCCACUGCUGCAUAGGUUUGGAUGAUCUUUUACGAUUCGGUCGCAAUAGAAAUCAUUAAAAACAACUUAUUUCCUCAGGGCUCAUAGACACAACACACAGGUAGUGUUAAUAAUAAAUAAGAACAAACAGCUAAUUAUGCAGACAGGCAGGCUGAAAUCUUUGGGACACACGCACAAGGCUCCAAGGCAUCUGGAUGCAUGUUGCCAGUGUCCUCUAGAAAGCAGUGAUGUGACCUCACUUCAGUGGGUGAGGCUCAUUAGCAAUGAGCUUGCACUCAUGACACAACAUUUAGAUUUAUUCAGUGUUACGCAGAGCUUCUCCAGAUUUGAUUUGAAAUGGAACAAAGCACAUGAUUUGUUUUAGUUUGUGUGUGUGUGUGUGUGGAGCUUCAGAGAAUUUCCUUUCUUUGGUUUCGAAUCAUUCAUUGCACUGUCGAGUGUCCCUUCAGGUAGUAACGCUCUCCAUACAGUCUGUCUCUAUUUCCUGCUUUCCUGUGAGUGAUACAACUUUAUUGUACAUAUUUAUCCUGACAUGUUUCAUAUACUUGCAUCAGAAAUAAAACUUUAUACUCCA